AUGGAAGGCUUCCUAGGACGACGCUACGAUGCAACCAACAAGCUGUUGAACUUAUCAACUAUUGCCGGCGACCAAGAAAUUCUCCAAUCCGGCAUGUUCGCAUCGGAAGGCGCACAAAAGAAGUUCUUUCCCGCCCUCAUGAUUGUUUGCGACGCCAUUCUCGAGACGCAAGAAGCGAAAGAAGCAGCAAUCCACAGCGUCACACUCGCCGGCAACAACCUUCAAAACACACACGCCGUCUACCAACUCUGCAACCACUUCCGCCACAUUCAAAACCUGGAUCUAAGCAACAACGCUUUCGCGACGCUGGACGCCUUAAAGCCAUGGAAAGGCCGCUUCAGAAACGUCGAACACCUCAUCGUCGACCCGUUUCCCAACCCGAACUGGCAAGAUGAAAUCGUCUCGUGGUUCCCCAAACUCAAAAUCUUGAAUGGCAAUCAGGUCCGUCCUGACGCACCGGCAAACAACAACGCAGCAAACGCACAGCAAAUACCGGCUGCUACCACACCAACACCCGCACCUGCAAUCGUCGACCCGGAGCAGCAGAGGAAGGAAGAGAUGAUUCUUUACGUUCAGCGCGAAACCAAUCUUAAGCGCGACUACGCUAUUCAGUGCCUGGAAGCUGGACAGUGGAACAUUGAGCAAGCCGGUGCUCUAUUCGCACAAAGUCGCGAGUCUUUGCCAGCUGAAGCGUACAACUAG